UCACUCUGCGUCUCUAUCUAAAAGGAUCCGUGGGUUUUGUCACUGAGUCUACGGACACGGGACCGGGUUUUGAAAGGGAUUGAGUGAAGCGUCGACGUCUAAUCAAUGAUGCUCUGUUCGUGGUGCUGAAAUCCCCUGCUCUCUCCCUCGCUCGCUCUCUAUCUCUCUCGCUCUCUGUCUCUCUCUCUCAUCCGUACGUCCGUUCCUCCCUCUCUCUCCCUUUCACUCCCUCCCUGGUACCCUCUCACACGCACAAAAUCCUCUGUCAUGGCGUCUUCCAACCAUGUUACCCCCACCAACUGUAGCUGGUGGCCCAUCUCUGCCAUGGAAGAAGAUGGCAAAGAAACAGAUGGAGACGAAAGCCAAGAACCUACAAUAGAGCCCAAACCCUUCUCCAAAGAUAGGCUCGUGUUAUAUCACUGGACGCAGUCCUUCGCCUCUCAAAAGGUGCGUCUGGUGAUUAAUGAGAAGGGUUUGCUGUGUGAGGAGAGGGAUGUCAGCCUACCGCUGACCGAACACAAGGAGCCCUGGUUCAUGAGGCUGAACCUGGGCGAGGAGGUGCCCGUCUUCAUCCAUGGCGACACCAUCGUCAGCGACUACAACCAGAUCAUCGACUACUUAGAAGCCAACUUUUCUGGAGAGACGGUGGCCCAGCUGAUCCCAGAAGCAGAGAGCCCUAUACACGAGCGUGUGCAGCAGUACCGCCACCUACUGGACGGGCUGCCUAUGGACGCCUACACGCACGGUUGCAUCCUGCACCCUGAACUAACUGUAGACUCCAUGAUCCCAAAGUACGCCACCGCAGAGAUUCGCAGACACCUAGCUAAUGCAGCAUCAGAGCUGAUGAAGCUGGAUCACGAGGAGCCACAGCUGACAGAGCCAUACCUGUCUAAACAGAAGAAACUCAUGGCAAAGAUCUUGGACCACGACAACGUGAACUACCUGAAGAAGAUUCUGGGUGAACUAACAAUGGUACUAGACCAGGUAGAAGCUGAGCUUGAGAAGAGAAAAUUGGAAUAUGAAGGUCAGAGGUGUGAGUUGUGGCUGUGCGGGCCGGACUUCACGCUGGCAGACGUGUGGCUGGGAGCCACAUUGCAUCGCCUGAAGUUCUUGGGACUCUCUAAGAAAUACUGGGAGGAUGGGAGCCGGCCCAAUAUCCAGUCGUUUUUCGAGCGCGUGCAGAAACGCUACGCCUUCCGGAAGGUUCUGGGAGACAUCCACACCACCCUCCUGUCCGCAGUUCUACCCAACGCCUUCCGCAUGGUCAAAAAGAAGCCACCGUCCUUCUUCGGGGCGUCCUUCCUGAUGGGGUCGCUGGGGGGUAUGGGUUACUUUGCCUACUGGUUUUUAAAAAAGAAAUACAUGUAGUAAAAACACCCCCCUUCCCUUCCCUUCCCUCUUGUCUUCAGUGUAUGUGUAAUUUGUGUGAUGUUUCAACUUUUUUUCUGUAGCUUUGUUUUAUGACAGCAGGAAUAUAAGAGUCUGUACAGAGAACAACACCAAUACUCACAAGAUAAAUAAGAACAUUCCAUGACAGGGAGUUCUUCCUCUGACAGCACGUUUCCAGUUUAUCGAUGCCUUCAUCCUGGUUUCUUUCAGGAGUUUAUUGAUGUUAUUUUUUUAUGUUGGUGUUUCAUUUGUUUCUGCAUAUCUCUGGAGGCAUGCUUGAGGCCUUUGGCCAUUUUGACAAAAUAUCGGAAAGACAAAUAUUCAUAACCGUCUUACUGAUUGUGUUUAACUUGGUUGCGAUUAGUUUAUGACUUUGUGACAACAUAUUGCAGUCUGGUUUCCUUAAUGCCAAUCGUGGCAUUCACUUUUAGCCCAGUAGCCCUGUUGAUACUGUAUCUUUCCUUCGAAAACCUGAGACUCUCUCUGAAUUGUCUCCUGUUGCCAAAUACUGCCAAACUAAAUAAUGACCUUUACAUGAAUACGACAUAUUGGUUGACCAAGAAAAAAAAACAUCUAGUCAUUACCAUUUAAAGAAAUGAUACCAGACAACAGGAAAUGUUAGGCGACAUGAUGUGCAUUGAGUGAAAUCAAACUCAUUUAGUCAUCACUCCCUCCCUCCAUGUAGGACUGCACAAGUAGAUGCUGCACACUAGACCUCAUAUUAACUCACUGAUGGGACUCGCUCCUGCCAUUGCAUUGCAUGAUUUGACUGCCUUGAUCCAACAUCCAGCCAUGUAUCUGUGAGGUGUGGUUUGGCCAGGCAGGUGUGAUAGUAGUGACUUUAUGGUCAUAUUAACUAGGUUAGGUUGAAGACAUUCUGGGAAAUCUGGAUAUAACAAUGAAUUGAUAUACGAGAGCUCUUCUCACAAAAAUCCCUUUACAUUGGUUGAAUAUGUGUUAACCAUAAACAGUGGUGAUCUCAGUUGUGUAUGAAAUGUCUGUGCAUGACAAAACUAUGAACAAAUGUUGAAUGUGGUGAAGAAGUGUGUGUGUGUGUGUGUGUGUGUAUACAUGCUGGCAAGAUUGCUGCUGAUAUGUGUGUGUGUGUGUGUGUGUGUGUGUGUGUACUUGCUUCAUUAUCUGAGAUGUCACCUUCUGUCUAAUGUGUCCUGUCACUCUUGUCCCUCAGGAUGAAGGGGUGUGAUGUUUGAACUGAGUUAGGCCCUUUUGCUUAGGUGAGGGCAUUGAGGUGUGUAUGUUCAAGUGAGUGUGUUAUCUGUGGUCACGUGAUCAAAACGUGUGGUGCGGAAAGGACACGACAGGGUCAGCCCUCUACCACGACUAGCAGUGUGCUGUAUAGUUUCUAAUCUCAUGGAGCACUGCAGCUCUACCCAAUGGCAAUAAAGACAAACUAGUGGUAGAUCCUCAUUUAUGCUCUGAACGAAUGCUGUAUCAGUGUUACUGUGAUUGGUGUAGCUAACUAAGCAUGACUGCAGAAGAAAAUAUCUCCACCCUUCAUCGGUUACUCUGGUCCACUCCUACCGCUUCCUGCAGGCCUGUAGUUCUGUGAGGAAGAGCUGUUUGCCGUUGCCGACAAAUGGAAGUUCUCCAGCUUCACAUCCAAUGCAUCUUAAAUGGGUGACCUUAUCAAGGUCGAACUGGUGUAGGCGAGCAGUGGAUAGGUGGGGCAGGUUCAUGUUGUUUUCAGAGGGGGACUGUGAAUGGUGUUU